AUGGGGUUUUCAUUGUUUCUGUUUCUCUUCAUUUUCUUCACCUCAUUAUUCAAUCCCAUUUUAUCAUCAUCAUCAUCAGAUUUGAUUCAGCAAACCUGCAAAAACACACAAUACUACGAGUUGUGUGUGUCCUCGCUGAAAUCCGAUUCAUCGAGCUCGAAAGCAGACUCGGCAAAAGGGUUAGCCCUAAUCAUGGUUAGAGUUGGAAUGGCGAAUGCCUCGGCCACAAAUUCUUACCUCUCCUCGAAAAUUCCGAGCGUCGCAAACGGAUCGUCCAUGAAGAAAGCUAUGAAGGAAUGCUCUGAGAAAUACGCUUCCGCAAAUGAUGCACUCGUAAACUCGUAUCAAGAUUUGAGUGCGGAAAUUUACGAUUAUGCGUACAUGCAUGUGAUGGCUGCUGCGGAUUAUCCGAAUGCAUGUCGUAACGUGUUUAAGAGAUAUCCGGGAUUAAUUUAUCCAGCUGGGAUUGCUCUUAGGGAGGAUGGAUUCAAGCAUAUUUGUGAUGUGGUCUUAGGGAUUAUUGAUACUCUUGGUUGGUGAUUCGAUAAAUAUUGUGCUCUUUUUUUUUUUUUUUCUUCUUUUUUGUUUGUUUGUUUGUGUGUGUGGAAGGAUAAUAAAUUGGGCUAAUGUCUUUGAAAUUUCGAUUUUUUUAUUGUUUAUGAACUAUAAUAUUAUGGAGAAAA